UUCAGCUCAACUUUCUCGCUCGAUCCAGCUCAUUUCCCAUAUACUAAGGCCUCUGUGCAAGGUGUCCGGGAUCGACGCAAGCAGCUCGACAACCAGCUCUUCUUUGACCUGGUCCUGUCAGAGGUGGCUCAGGUCAAGUCAGGGUCAAAGUACUACCCGCCUAAAAAUAUAGCUGAGCUUCGGGCCCUUCAUGACGCCAUUGAACAAUGCCCCGCGGAUCUGCUUAAGAAGCAAUGCUGCAUCUACUAUAUUCUAAGGGACUGGGGGACUCAUGCAGAAUAUGCUGCUGCCCAGCUUCUGCCAGAAAACUACUGCGCAUUGAUGGAUAGCUACUGGCUACUAGACAGAGAGCAAUACGACGAAGCAAUCAAGUCGCUGACUGUGCCGACACUGACGCCAAACUUCAUGACCAAGAUAUUGGAAACUUUUACUCAAGCGCAACGGCCUGACCUCAUUGUUGUCUAUGUGCAAACGCUGCAAGAACCCCUCGACUCGCCAGCCAAGAUUGAUCUCUACCUGUCAGCACUUUUGCGGAUAGACGUUACGCGAGCUCUCUUCUUCACAAGAACGGCGCCAGCAGCCCUACGACAAGGCUUGUUUGAGAAGAGUUUGGUAGAGGCUACGACUACACAUCAAGGAGCAGGGAUUGUCGCUAAUUUCCCCUAUGAGGCAGAAGAAGAACAGUGGGCGCGUGCCUUGCUCAAUUCGGGAAAG